UUAACAAGGUUUCAAAACUUAGGGCAUGGAUGGUGGAGUUUUUAUGCUCUUCUCUGUUUGAUUGAUUUUUGCCUUUUGAAUUUUCAGGAGUAUUUUUUUCUUUCUUCUGUUUAUGUUGUUGUUUGUGGGUGGAAAUUAUUAGGCAGUGAUUUUUCGUUAUUAGUUAUGGAUGGAGGUUCCAAUUCUAGAUUAACUCGUUAGUCAUCACCCAGUUUGUUCAAAGAAGGAUUUCUCUUGGAAAUAAUCGUUGAAUUUACAGAAGGAAAUGAAGAAUUCGUGACAUUUUCUACUCAAUUUUUGGAAAAUUACCUGGUUUUAGAUUGAUUGGGUCUUACUAGAAUGAUGAGGUCAUCUGAAGAGGGGUUAGGACAGCACAGAGCCAACUCCGUCCCAAGCGCAAGGGAGGACAGUGAAUAUGUAAGCUUGGUUGUGUCAAAUGGACCAAGAAUAGUUGAAGGUGAUUAUGUACAGCGUCCAGCAGAAAUAAGAGUUAGAGAUCACAUCUGGUGGAUGAAAGUCAUACUAUGCGUCAUUCUUUUGAUAUUGUUGGUGAUAGUCUCUUUUAAGUGGGGUAUACCAUUUGUGCUCGAGAAGAUUCUCCUUCCGGUCAUGGAAUGGGAAGCCACGGCCUUUGGGCGGCCAGUCCUUGCUUUUGUUCUUGUUGCAUCUCUGGCACUUUUCCCUGUUCUUUUAAUUCCUUCAGGGCCCUCUAUGUGGCUUGCAGGGAUAAUAUUUGGUUAUGGUCUAGGGUUCGUAAUAAUCAUGAUUGGAACUACUAUUGGAAUGACCUUGCCUUACAUGAUUGGUCUACUUUUCCGCGAGCGUAUCCAUCAAUGGUUGAAGAGAUGGCCCCAACAUGCGGCCGUAAUUGCAGUAGCUGGGGAAGGAAGCUGGUUCCAUCAGUUCCGCGUGGUUGGUCUUUUCAGGGUCUCACCAUUUCCAUACACAAUUUUUAACUAUGCCAUUGUGGUAACGAAGAUGAGAUUCGGGCCGUAUUUAUGCGGGUCUAUUGCUGGAAUGGUACCUGAAUCAUUCAUUUACAUCUAUAGUGGGAGGUUAAUAAGAACAUACACAGAUGUGAAGUACAGGAACCAUCACCUGACAACAGUGGAGAUUGUCUACAACACCAUAACCUUCAUAGCUGCAGUCAUUACCGUGGUUGUUUUCACUAUUUAUGCGAAGCGAGCCUUAAAUGAGCUCCAAAUGUCAGAAAGAGAGGUCUCCACGGCAGGCAACCAUGGUACUUUUGAAAUGGAGAAGCUUCCACUUGAAAGACCAAAACAGCUGGAUGGUAUCUCACCCUCUCUUCAUAACCUAUAGUUUUUUCUACAGGAGUAGAUAAAUACUGUAAAGAAUUCAUGGUAGGAAGGAAUGUUUUGUUAUGGCCUUAGUGUUUAUAAAUUACCUUGGGAAAGAGAGCAAAUAGGAGUCAGUUUUCUUUUUCUGUUAAUGGAUGCAUACAAAAACAGCAUAUUGAUUGAUGAUGACAUUGAUGUGAGAAUUGAGAAAUGAAGAUAGAAGGAAACUGAGUAGCUAUCCUGUUUCUCUGUAAUCAUUUAACCCAACAACAGCUCUUUCUUUCUUUCUUUUAUAUUCCCAUAAAUCCAUCUUGUUUUUAA